UAAGGCAACAUUAAGGAUUAAUUAAAGAUCUAGUUCUAAUGGUUGGGAAACUAGCUUUUAUAUUUAUCUAAAAAUAUCUUGUGCCUGGUGAAGCUUGACAAAAAACUCACUUCUGAGAAGUACACUUAAAAUUGGAGAAACUAGUUUGAAGUGGAGGGGGUUUUGCUGAUAGAAUUAAAAAAACUUUAAAAGUAUUGGAAAGUAUUUGCUGCAGAGGAUCAUCUUUAAUGUAUGUGUUGGUUGAUUAACUGAUGGAGCAGAGCAUAUGUGAUGUUCUGCCUACACUAAGGGCAGCUAACUAUAGGAUCCAGCUCUGCUGCUUUUUACCGUAGUUGGGAGUUUCUUUUCUUAGGUAUUUAUAGUCAAAGCGUAGCUGGAAUUGGUUGCAAUGUUGAGGAUCCAGUGCUCUGUAGAGAAUCAUUCUGCAGUCAGAGCUGUGAGGGCAAAUAAGUAAGUGGUAGUAAUUCACAAUAGCUGUUUAUAAACCAGCAAUACAUUACUUGAUCCAAACAGAUCCCCCAGAAAAUAUAGAACCGUACUUUGAAUACAUACUCUAGGAUAAAAUAUGCCUAUGGUAGCGUGAACAAACUUGUACUGAUUGACGUUUUGUGGGCGACAGAUUAAAUGUUAGUCUCUUGAGAAUGUAGGAACAAUUUUGAGUUCUUCAUCAAAUACCACAACUCGAUUGCUACUUUUGUUUCCUAACUCUUCCCAAGCAAUAUACACAUGUGUAACGAGUUCUGAGCUUUCCAUCACUUUGUCUUAUAUUGUCUCUUCCCCAAAGCUGUAGAGAUGAAACAACUGCAAAACCUCAGUCUGGAGAGGGAGACAGUUCUAGUGUGAGAAGAGAGAAUUUUUCCCCUUGAACAGUAAGGGAGAUGGAAAAAGAUCUUGGAGAUGGUCCGGUAGCCUUGAUAGCCUUAGUGACCACAAGUCAGUCUGCACAAAUCAUCUCGGUGACCAUCACUGUUCGAAGCACCAAAGAAUGGCAGUGAUGUAAGGCGGAAUUCAUUUGUUGGGGUUUUUUGGUGUGGUUUUGGGGUUUUUUGCUCAAGUUGCAGUGACUUACUGUUUAGUAACUCACUAAAGAUUAAGAAUGGAGAGUGGUCUCCUGUGUUUCCAUAACCAAGUUGGGUAUAUUUGUGCAUGUGAAAACCUGAUAAUAUCACAGCAGAGACAUAAUGUUUAUUUAGAUAAAAAUGUAUUAGAAAAUUAUCAAUUAGGCGAAUAAGACAAACGUGGUUUUGGGAGUCUAGCACCACAGACUUGACAUUGAUGGAUUGUAUUAUUAACAAGGGGAGCUAAUCUGUAUAUGGAUUAUUUUUUUAUAAAAGAGGAAAAAGGUAUGAAAGUCAUUAUUUCUGAUAUGGUAUAUUACAACUAUAUUCCUUUUAUGUCCAGGUAUCUGCCCUCUCAUCCUUUUUACUUCUUUGCCAGGCUGCUGGGAGUCCUGCGCUUGGUACACAUGGAUGAUGUCUCCUGUCAGCUUUUCACAGUCAGGCAUCCCACGCUCCGUUCAGUCUUGCACUUUAUUCCACAGCUUCAGGCUUCCUGGAAUCCUACAGCAGAGACUCCAGCUUCCUUUGUCCCCGUGCCGUGGAAAACACAAUCAUCUGGUAAGAUAGAGAUUUAGGAGGGAAAUUCCAUGAGCUGAGAGGAAAAAAAGCUGCAUUUCCAGUGCCUGACGUUGAGGUCCCUCCGUGGUGUCUGCCUGUGCUGACUCGGAGAACGCACGCCAAGCGUUUCCUCAUCGUCAAGCCCAUGAAAUUCAGGACCAACUUUGACUUCAUGAUCCUCAACCUCUCCUUCUGCGACCUCUUCAUCUGCGGGGUGGCCGCCCCCAUGUUCGCCUUCAUCCUCUUCUUCGACUCAGCUCGAGGCAUCCCGGGCGCCUUCUGCUUCACCUUCCACCUCACCAGCUCCGGCUUCAUCAUUAUGUCGCUCAAGACGGUGGCGGUCAUCGCCCUGCACCGGCUGCGCAUGGUGCUGGGGAAGCAGCCGCACCGCGCCGCCUCCUUCCCCUGCACCCUUCUCCUCACCCUGCUCCUGUGGGCCACCAGCUUCACCUUGGCCACCCUGGCCACCCUGAAAACCCGCGGCUCCCGCCUCUGCCUGCCCAUGUCCAGCUUCGCCAGCAGCGAGGGGAAGAUCAUCCUCUAUCUCUACGUCACCGAUUUCAUCUGUUGCGUGGCCGUGGUGUCUGUCUCCUAUGUCAUGAUCGCGCAGGCCCUGCGGAGGAACGCUCAGGUGAGGAGGUGCCCGCCCGUGGUGGCUGUGGAUGCCUCCAGACCGCAGCCCUUCAUGGGGCCUUCGUCGGCCGGGGAGGGCGUGCAGAGCGCCGUGCCUGCCUUGUACAGGAACCAGAGCUACAGCAAGCCGCAGCACGUCCAGACGCACAGCUACGCCAAGCACCUCGGCCAGCCGCCGGCCACUGCUGCCAGCCGGCUCCAGCUCGUGUCGGCGGUCAACCUCUCCGCAGCCAAAGACUCCAAGGCGGUGGUGACGUGCGUCGUCAUUGUGCUCUCCGUCUUGGUUUGCUGCCUGCCCCUGGGCAUCUCUUUGGUGCAGGACACACUGUCCAGCAGCGGUGGCUUUGUUCUCUACCAGUUCGAGCUGUGUGGGUUUACCCUCAUUUUUUUCAAAUCUGGAUUAAAUCCUUUUAUAUAUUCCCGCAACAGUGCUGGACUUCGGAGACGAGUUCUCUGGUGCCUGCAGUACAUAGCCCUUGUCUUUUUCUGCUGCAAGCAGAAGACAAGGCUUCGGGCCAUGGGCAAAGGCAGCCUGGAAGUCAACAGGAACAAGUCAUCCCAUCACGAGACCAAUUCAGCGUACGUGUUGUCUCCAAAACCUCAGAAAAAGGUUGCGGACCAUGCCUGUGGUCCCAGUUACUCCAAGGAAAGCGUGCUGAGUCCCAAGGCUUCUGUUGGGCAUCAGCCCUACGCACAGAGCAGCUCAACCCCCAUGAACACCCGAAUUGAGCCCUAUUACAGUAUCUAUAACAGCAGCCCUUCCCAGGAAGUGAGCACCCCAAAUAGCUUACAGCCGGUGAACUCGACUUUCGGAUUUGCCAAAUCCUACAUUGCCAUGCAUUAUCACACCACCAACGACUUGGUGCGAGACUAUGACAGUGCUUCGACUAAGCAGAUACCCGUACCCUCGGUAUAACGCUAAAAAAUGGUUCUGAUCUAGCUGACCCAGUGGGUCCCCUUCUUUGCUUUUCUUAACAAUUAUUCUGAACUCAACGGUACAGUAUUGCUGUACUGCUGCCAAUUAAGAAAAACGCCACUGCUGUUAAUAUCCAGCUAUUUGCGUUUGAAGCGAAUACUAGGAUAUUACUUCCGCGAUGCUUUCUUGAAUUUCUGCGGCAAGUCAAAAAGGGCAGUAUUUCAGAUUUGUAUUUGGAAUUGUUACAAGAGGGUGGGUUUUGUUACUAAAUUUUACUGCUGGACAAGUGGGAAAAAAAAGCUUUAUACAUCACAAGGCAGAAUAUCUCAGAACAAUCUGAGGCUGCCCCAGAAGUAUUACCUGUUGAAUUGCAUACUUGCCGUAUUUUCAAGAAGGAAGAAUUGGGAAGAUAUUUGGUGAUACGAUACCUAAGUUUAAAUGUUCUCCGCUGCAGAAGGUUGAAAGAAUUGGUGGUAUUUUGUUGUAGAAAGUGUUGGUAAUAAUGAAAGUCCUUUCUGUUUGCAGGGUGAAAUUCUAGUUCUGUUGAGGUAAAGGGCAAAAUUUCCAUGAACUUCAGCUGAAGUUUAGGAUUUCAGUCUCACCUUCCUAAAGCAGGACAAGGCAUGUUACAAAUAGUGGUGUGUUGUCACUGGGGAAGGACUUUUGAGAAGUGUUGUGGCACUGUAAUAAAUCUCUGAAGGAUAUAUAUAUAUAUAUAAAAAAAAAAAAAUUACCCCAGUAGAUAUAUUUUAAGGAUCAGCGGUGUUACGUAUCCCAAAAUAAUAUAAUUGGAGAAGUAUUUUAUAUCUGAUAGAAAUAACUGCAAUACCUAAUUACAGGUUUUACUUGAGGAUAAAGAUGAAUAUUGCAAUAUUGUAGUAUUGAUACACUAAUGGUAAUGCAGUCGCCUCUGGAAUGUUCUAAUUUGUAAACUGUUACACAAAGAGUAGCCUUGCCGGUUGCUUUUCUGUACGUGACUUUGUAAAAAAGUGGGAAUUGGGCAGAUUUGGCUCUGAUGUUCCUGACAGGUAGAACUGACAGCUAUUAACGCUUCUAAAACCAGAAUGGCCGCAUAACAAGAUGACUACAAGUUUUUGAGGUUUUCUUAACAAGUCUAACAUCGGGUUGAUUUAAAGAUUAAUAAUCUGUCUACUUAUAAACUUUAUCUGUUGGUCUACACAGUGAGCAAAUAACAGCAGUUAAAUAUUUUUUUAUAAAUCCAACCCUUUGUGUUAUGUCAUAUGUUGUGGGAAUUUCUUCUGAGAUGGAAUGAUUUGGAGGCAUUUAAAUUCCUGACAAUUAUCGCUUCAAGUGGCCGGAUCUUUUCAAAACAAGCGAUUGCCUUUCAACUUGUAUGGACUUCAGCAGAGCCUUAGUAUCUCUGAAAUAAUCGUGCCACAGGCUUUUGGUGCCUCGCUAUAGGAAAGUGCCACAUCUUUAGCAAAAUUACAGUGAUGGGAAGAUGGUUUGUUAUUUUAGAAACAAAAACUAUUCACGUCAUUGCCGUGUGUGAGUUGUUGUUGGUUUAGGCUCUUUGUUAACUAAACUAUUUUCAGGAUUUUCCUGGAAGACUAUUACAUUAUGAAUACUGUUCUUUGUUUAACACUCUGAAUUUUAAUUAAUUUUGAAUAAUUCAAGACUGCUUUCUUGCAAUAAAAUGGAUGUGAACAACUUUCUAAUACAACUGUAAAAUUGAAAUUAUUUCCAUAAGUCUUUUCUCUCUGUCCAGAUAUUUUUCUCUAUAAACAAAUAACAUGGUUCUAAAGUAAU